CGGGGGUGGGCUCAGAGCGUAGGCGCGGUCAGUGCGCUAGGUCGAGGAGCAGAUGCCGGAUUUAGUCAGGCUGUAGUCCGUGCCCACUGGUGCCAUCGAGACGUCGUCACGGUGUCUUUGUGUGUGUGUGUGUGAGACGCUCCGCUGCCGUGUAUUUUGCUCAAAACAGCGCUGCUGUCACACUUGUAUGUAAACUCUACCUCAGAGACAAGUGCUUGCUUGCGUUCUGGAGAGAAAUGACAGAACCCAACCCCCUUCACUGCUUUUCCAUCUGCAGGUCUGUGUAUGAAUACUUGAUAAUAGCUGGGCUUGCUACUGGACUGGAGCUGUAACCUGGAAACUUCCAUCAGUUUGGUACUCCAGCAGAAAGCCCACUCGAAAUUUCAUACAUGAUCACUCUGACGGAGCUUGCUGCUCUCUCGGAGAGUCAGUCCACUCAUCGACUUCUCAAACCCUGGUGGGAUGUUCUGAUGGACUAUUUUGUAGUGAUUAUGUUGAUGGUGUCCCUCUUGUCAGCCACCUUGCUCAUUUCUAAUGAUAAAGUUGCAUGUUUACCUUGUAACAAUGUGCAAAGUUUCAACACCACUCCGAGAUGUUACAUAAAUAAGUCUCACACGGUGGAAUCCAAUACAAAGAAGAUACAGAAUGUGAACAAGAAUGAUCCCAGUUCCCCAGGAUCCUUACCAUCAACAACUAAGAAAUCAAAAGCAGGUCAUAAAACAAACUUGGAUUUCCAGCAGUAUGUUUAUAUCAGUCAAGUCUGCUACCAGAAGGCCUUGCCGUGGUAUUCCAAGUACUUUCCUUAUGUAGCCCUUGUCCAUUCCAUUAUCAUGAUGAUCAGUGGCAACUUCUGGUUCAAAUUUCCAAAAACCUCCUCCAAGGUGGAACAUUUUGUCGCCAUUCUGGGCAAGUGCUUUGAAUCACCUUGGACCACCAAAGCGGUUUCUGAAACAGCCAAUGAAGACUCUGAAAAUAGCCAACAUCGGACUAAAAUGUUCCACUCAGUGACACCGGAGCCCAGUGAGAACUCUGACACUUGUUCCUCAUUCACUUCCUGCCCCGAAGUGACCUUUGAGCCUCCUGUCACUGGGUCGGCCUCAAUGAGUAUCCUGGAUAAGCAGGACGGUGAACAGGCUAAGGCUCUCUUUGAGAAGGUCCGCAAAUUCCGGGCCCACACUGAGGACGGAGACCUCAUCUACAAAUUCUACGUCGGUCAGACAGUUGUCAAGGCUUUAAAAUUCAUGAUCAUUCUAAUCUACACAUUUACCUUUGUCAACUCGAUCACAUUCGAACACAUCUGCAAGCCCAAGAUCAAAAAUGUCACAGGUUAUUCUGUUUUCUUCUGCACUCAUAGUAUGGCUUACAUGCUGCAGAAGCUCCUCAUCACCUAUAUCAUUUUGAUCGCACUCUAUGGAUUGGUGUGUCUCUACACAUUGUUCUGGCUGUUUCGAGGCUCUUUGAAAGAAUAUUCCUUUGAAAAGGUGCGUGAGGAGAGUAAUUUCAGUGACAUUCCUGAUGUUAAGAAUGAUUUUGCUUUUUUGUUGCACAUGGUAGACCAAUAUGACCAACUCUAUUCCAAGAGGUUUGCCAUUUUUCUGUCUGAAGGCUGUGAGAACAAACUACUAGAGAUGAACCUUAACCAUGAGUGGACUUAUGAGAAGCUGAGGCAGCAUGUGUCCAAAAACAGCCAAGGGAAGCUUGAACUGCAACUCUUCAUGUUGUCUGGAAUUCCAAAAGCUGUCUUUGAUAUGAGUGAUCUGGAGGUUCUGAAGCUGGAGCUGGUUCCUGAUGUGAAACUGCCAGCUAAAAUAUCUCAGAUGGCAGCUCUGAGGGAGCUCUAUCUUUACCAUUGCCCUGCAAAAGUUGAUCAAAUUGCCUUCAAUUUCCUCAGAGAUCACCUUCACAUCUUGCAUGUCAAAUUCACUGAUAUUUGUGAGAUCCCUUUGUGGGUAUACUCACUCAAAAACUUGGUGGAACUGCAUCUUUCUGGCAAUCUGAAUUCUGAAACCAACAAGGCCAUUGGGCUGGAGUCCCUAAAGGAACUGAGGCACCUCAAAAUACUUAUCCUGAAGAGCAACCUCUCCAAAAUCCCCUCCAAUGUCAUGGAACUUGCUACUCACUUGUCUAAAUUGGUUAUUCAGAAUGAUGGCACAAAGUUACUGGUCCUCAAUAAUUUGAAGAAGUUAGCCACCCUAUCUGAGCUUGAGCUGCAGAAUUGUGAGCUUGAAAGAAUCCCACAUGCAGUAUUCAGCCUUGCUAACCUUCAGAAACUAGACCUGAAAUUCAAUAAUAUCCAAACCAUUGAAGAGAUUGUGAGUUUUCAGUACCUCAAAAGGCUUUCAUGCCUCAAACUUUGGCACAACUCUAUCGUCUCCAUUCCUACAACCAUUGGUCUCAUCAAAAACCUUGAGCAACUUUUCCUAAACAACAAUAAACUGGAGUCCUUGCCCAGUGCUCUGUUCACCCUCAGAAAGUUGAGGCACCUGGAUCUCAGCCACAAUCUGCUUACAACUGUUCCCCAAGACAUUCAGUUACUCCAGAACCUGCAGCAUUUCUCCAUCACCAAAAACAAGGUUGAGUCCCUGUCUGUUCACCUCUUCCAGUGCCUAAAACUAAAGACUUUACAACUCGGUCAAAAUUCUAUCAACUGUAUUCCCUCUGAAAUUGGACAGUUGACACAACUCACUCACCUGGAGCUGAAAGGUAAUCACUUGGAAAAAAUUCCACCUGAGAUUGGCCACUGUGCGUUACUGAAAAAGACCAAUCUUAUUGUUGAGGAUAUAUUGUUUGAUCGCCUCCCCACUGAGGUCAAAGACAAUCUUACAGAACAAGACUUUUCUUCUGUUGUUUAAAUUGCCUUCCUGAAGUUGCAGGAAAUUUCUAUUCUUGAAUCAAUUAUCAAAUGCUGCAACUCCGGAAAGAUUUUUAAGUCACCUAAAAUUCACUUGAAAGAAUGAGACCCAAAGGAAAAACUCCACUGGUUUGGAAAAUGAACUGUUGAUUUGAAUUGGAAUUCAUUCAGAAAGCGAAAAGCAAAGUAUUGCAGAUGCUGGAAAUCUGAAAUGCACUGGAAGUACUCAACAGGUCGUUACACUGUGAGGCUAUCGACUUGAAACAGAGGCACAGGGAAGUCUCAGAUUAUGGAAUCUGCAGCAAGAAACAAGUUGCUGCAGAAAGUCAGAGAGUUAAGCAGAAUCUGAUGCAAGGUCACAACCUGAAACGUUGAUCAUCUCUGUGUCUCUCCACAGAUGCUGCCUGACCUAGUGGGUUCCUCUAGUAGUUCGUGUUUUGCAUCAUCGUGAAAUAUUAACUUUUGCUCUCUGAUCCUGCUAUGUUCUUAUGGUUGAUUGCUAGUUCAGCUAUGUCACAUAGUUCUUCAAAGCUAAGACCUUUUAAAGGUCCUUAAUCUAGCUACUGCCUGCUGCACAUACUGAGAGGUCUGCAGUGAGCUACACCAUUAGCGCGUCUUUGUGUUUGACCUCAGCAAGGAGUCUGUUGGAGAGGGGUUCUGACAUUCAAGAGGAGUGAGGGGGGAAAUCUAGUUACUCACAAGCUCAAAACUUAACAGAGGGACAGAGAGGGAAAGAUGUAUAAAACAUAGGGCAAUUGUCUGAAGCACAGUGAAUACAAUUGAUUAAAUAUUUCAGAAGCAAAGAACUGCAAAUCCAGAAAUAAAAAAAUAAGCAGGGAUGUGCACAUACACAUGUACUUAAAGUGACACACGUGCACAUAUAUAUGCAUGUACAGUAGCAUCUCAGUGUGUAUAGAGAGGGAAACAGAAUUAAUGUUUUGUAUUGAUGGCUCACAAGAGGGCAUCACCCCACAAUGUUAAUAAUUUAUCUCCCCACAAAUGCUGCCACACUUAUUGAGUAGUUUCAACAUCCUAUUUUAUUUUGAUUGUUUAGAAUCUAUGACAUUUCUCUAACUCUCAGUUUCUACAUUUGUCUAUCUUACACUCACUUUAUUUCUCCUUUUUUCUGCACACAUCAAUUUCUGUUCCAUCUGUUUUACCCUCUUGCUCUCACCCUCUCUUACUAUCUUGUGACCUACCUACAGUCCAACUCUUCAGAAAUGUCUUAAAAUAUUAAAAACCAGAAACUGCUGACACGACCCUGCAUGGUGUGGAGCGAAUGACCAAACUGCAGUUUUGGUGCAAUCAUGUUAUCAGAACUGGAAGGUAUUAGUGACAAGAACGGAGCUACUUUAAAGAACAAUAAUCACAGACUGAACUUGCUGUUUCAACCUGCAAUUGAGCUUGUUUUAAUACCUCCCAUCGGAAUAUGUGGAGCAGCUUCAGUGAAGCAGAACAGGCAUAAUUUCAACGUGGAUGGGAGUCUGAUAGUUGGACUUCAUUCUCAGUUGGCCAGCUAAAAGAAAGCAAAUAUUUUAGUAAGUAUUUUCAUAAAGUUAACCCUUUAAGAUUUAAAUUGGGCUGAUAAUUCAGAGUAAGUUGUACAGUUAUUGUUUGAGUGAUAUGAUUGAGAUAGGUAAUCUAGCACAGCAUGAUUAAUAGUGAUGGUCUGUCAUUGUGACAAAACAGUGAUCAAACUAGUUAAGCAAAAGAUUGGCUGUAGAAUGAAACAAAGCAUUUAAUGGUUAAGGGCUGGACAAGUUCUGAUUAUUUAAGUAAAGUUUGAUCAGUGAUGAUGAGAUAAUUUAGCAAAUAUUCAGAGAUUCUUAGAAUUGGUUUGAGAUUAAAGACCACAUGAAGCUCUCUGGAUUAUCCUCUUCUAUAUACAACUCUUCUACAAACAGAGGCAGGAAAUAAUCAAAUGGAAGCAUACGAUGCUCCAGGGAAAGGGGAAGAAUCGGUUUCACCAGCAAACCUGGUAUAGCCAGGGUAUACGUCUCAUCAGUGGAUUUUCAAAUGCUCAUUAUCUGUAUGUGAUUUUUAUGUGGAAAUAAAUUUAAAGUAGAAUUUAGCCUUGAUUGACUGUUCAGAAGGAGUAUUAUUUCCUGCUGUCUUUCGGUGUUAGAGGGUCAGGAGGUGUUAAACACCAAGAAGUUUCAUGUAGUUACAAAAAGAAGGUGGAUUCAGUAAAGGAGGACCAACAAGGGUAGGUCUUACACAAUGAUGCAACAAAGGGAUCUGGCCCACAAUUCAUUGAAAGUGGUGUCAUAGUUUGUUAGGGUUGUAAGGAAAGCUUUUGGCACAUUGACCUUAAUAGAUCAAGGUACUCAGUACAGGAGCAGGAUGUUAUGUGAAGUUGUAUAAGGCAUUGGUGAGGCCUAAUUUAGAGUAUUGUGUGCACUUUUGGUCACCUUCCUACAGGAAAGAUGUAAAUAAGAUUGAAAGAGUACAGAGAAAAUUUACAAGGAUGUUGCUGGGAGUGGAGGAUCUGAGUCAUAAGGAAAGAUUGAAUAGGUUAGAACUUCAUUGCCUAGAAUGUAGAAGCUUGAGAGGAGAUUUGAUAGAGGUAUACAAAAUUAUGAGUGGUGUAAGUAGGGUAGAUGCUUUUCUCAUUGAGGUUGGGUGAGACUACAACCAGAGAUCAUGGGUUAGGAGUGAAAGUUGAAAUGUUUAAGGAGAACAUGAGGGGAAACCUCUUCACUGGAACGAACCGCCAGCACAAGUGGUGGAUGCAAUUUUGAUUUCAAUGUUUGUGAAGUUUGAAUAGCUGCAUUGAUGGGCGGGGUAUGAUGGGCUAUGGUCCAAGUGUGGGUCAAUGGGAAUGGCUAGAUUAAAUGGUUUGGCGUGGACUAGAUGGGCCAAAGGGCCUGUUUCUCUAAAGGCUAACAGGAUUCUGAGACUCUAAAAGAUAUGCUGAUUGUAUGGUUUAAAUAUAGGAAUUGUGAAAUGAUCAAUGCAAUACAAAAUGAAUUAGAUCAAAGUACAAAAAAUAGUAAAAGUCAUGAGGCACUUUAUCUAAAGGCAUGAAAUACUUGUAACAAGAUGGUACAGAUAAAGUUAAGUGGAUAUCAUCUACCAACCAUGAUAAACACAUGUUGUAAGCAGGAGGCUGGGAGCUUAAUAUUCCAUACCCUUCAGGAAUGUAGAUAAGAUGGGGCAGCACCAAUAAUAAAGGCUGACAUCAAUAACAUGUGAUCUUUACAAACACUUAAGUAGAAUUUUAACAAACAAAUCAUUGACUGUGACCAUUAUUUAUUUAUUUAUUGACAUUUAUUUAUUGGACCAUGUUUAUCAGUAAGGAAAUAAAGUUGUUUUUAACAUGGGUAAUGUAUGGGUUACCCACCAAUAAUCAUGCAUCUGACUGUGGAAAGGGUUAUUUUAAAGUCAUACCUAAAGAGGCAGGAUUAAUUACUUGUUUCAUAGCAAAGAAUAUUUUGAAAAGAGUGGUUUGUGUUUCAGGACUGAAAAGGAAGAAGGGUCUUGGUCUGAAAUGUCAACUGUUCAUUUCCAUAGAUGCUGCUUGACCUGCUGAGUUCCUCCAGUAUUUUUUUUGUGUGCUGCUCUAGAUUUUCAGCAUCUGCAUAAUUUCUUGUGAUAAGUACAGCUCCAGAGUCCUAAAAGUGGUCACUGUGUGUACACCAUGUAGAGAUAGAUGUGCAUUUUAAAUUUGGCAUCAUGUUCAGCACAAACAUCAUGGCCCAAAAGGUCUUUUCCUGUUUUGUACCUUCAGUUCAGUUUGAGAGCAGCAAACCCAGGAAUAAAUCUAAGGCCAUAAAAUAAUUUUUAAAGGUACAUUGAGUGAAUUGAUACUGAUUUAUUAUUGUAACAUACCAAGAUACAAUAAAAAGUUGUCUUGCAAAUUGUCAAAGAUCAAAUGGUUGCACAGUGCAAGGAGGAAAAGCCUUGUUUUACAGUACAGGUAAACAAAGUACAAGAUCAUAAUGAGGUGGAUUGUCAGGUCAAGAGUCCACCUUAUCUUACUGGAGAAUCAUUUAAUAGUCUUUCUACAGUGGGGUACAAGCUAUCCUUCAGCUGGGUGGUAUGU